AUGAAUUUAAAUGAAUCGGAGGAAUCGCAAUUGAAUUUUCUUAAUCAUGAAUUACAAAAGGUCAUAAAAUCAAGUAGUGGUGGUGAUAACGAUGAAGACUAUGAAAAAUUUAUAAAUUCAUCAGAUUUUAAAACAAUUUUAAGUUGUUUUGGAGGCUCGAAAAGUGAAAAGGUUAAAACAACAAGUUUGAUAUUUUUAUCAAAAUUAAUCGAAAAAUUUUACAACGAUGCAGAAAAAAACUCCAAUAAAACAACAACAUCAUCGUCAUUAUUAUUAUUGUUUAAGCAAAAAACUUUUGAAAUAAUAUCAAAUUGGACAAAUUCAACCAAAAAAAUUGAUAAAUUAUUUGGAUAUAAUGCAUUAUUAUAUAUAUUUAAAGUUUUUUAUGAAUUAGGUGAAGAAGUAUUGAACAAAGCGGGCUUUUUGGAAGAGAUGAUGGAUUGUGUUGAGUUUGAAGAUGAACAGGUACAAUUAACAAUUUUGGAAAUCUUGUCCUUGGCUUGUUCACAAAAAAACUCUAGACUUUUAAUUGCUGCAAAUUGUCAAGAAUAUUUAAAAUCUUUAAUGAUUAGUAAAAAUCAGCAUCUCAAAUCUUUGUCAGCUGUUAUUUCAACAAAGAUUUUCUUGGAUGAAAAAUCCAAAAACAACAACGACAACGACCCAAUUGUUAACAGAUUAUUUAGAAAUCUGGUAUUAGAUUCUGAUUCAAAUUAUGAAGUACGUAAAAAUGCUAUUGAAGGUUUAGCAUAUUCUAAUAAUUCAAUACUUUAUGGAGUUGCAGUAGUUUUAUCAAAUAUUACAAUGUACAGAAAAAAAUUAAAUGAAACUGAAGAACAAAUUUUAAAGUUAAAGAAAUUAACUGGUGAAAAUAAUAACAAAAGUAAGAAUAAUGAUGAGUUGGACCCAUUGGAUGAUGAUGAACAUGUGGUUAAACGUAAUAAAAAAUUGUUAAGUAUUGGAGUUAACAAAAUACUAAUCAAACUAUCAAAAAAUCAAAGUCAAGUAAUUAAGCAACUAGUUGCAAAUAUUUAUUUAAAUCUGGCAAGUGAUCGAUCAAAUCAUGGAUUAAUGGUACAACAAGGUGCUAUAAAAGCUUUAAUUCCAUUGGCAACGAUGACAACGACAACAAUGACAACAACAGCGAAAACAACAAUGGCACCAACAAAAGGAACCAAAGAAAAUUUGCAACAAUAUGCAACACAAGCAUUAGCAAAAAUUGCAAUCACGAUGAAUCCAAAUCUUGUUUUUAGAGGCGAGCGAUCGACCGAUUUGGUGAAACCGUUGCUUAAUUUGUGUAAAAGCGAGAGUGAAUUAUGCCAGUUUGAAUCAUUGAUGGCACUGACAAAUUUAUCUAGCACAGAUGAUAAUAUCAGAUUACAUAUUUAUCGGCUUGAUGGAUUGGGUAUAGUGGAAAAUCUACAAUUAUCUGAUAAUAUAAUGGUUCGAAGGGCAGCAACAGAAUGUUUGUGUAAUUUGAUGUUUUGUGAACCAAUAUUUGAGAGGUAUAAUGACUACGAGAAAUCCAAAAAUAAAAUAAAAGUGUUGGUAGCAUUAUCAGACGUAGAUGAUUUUGAGACUAGGAGAGCGGCAAGUGGAUGUUUAGCAAUCUUGUCAACAGAUCAAAAUGUGUGCAAGAUGAUAUUGGAAAGACCAAGAGGUCUACUAACUUUAAAAGAUUUGUUGGAUGAGCAAUCUGUUGAAUUGCAACAUCGAAGUGUCGAGUGUUUGAAAAAUAUAGCAUCCACAAAUAAUAAAGAAAUGGUGGAGAAAUUGGUCGAGUCAGGUGUACAUAAGAAAUUAAUUGAAUUAGUCAAAGGGAAUAAAGAGCAAGUGGUAACAGCGACUUGUGUAGAAACAUUAAAAGAAAUUUCAAAACAUGUAAAUUUACAACAACAACUAUUAAAUUAA